ACAUCUUGCCUAUAUUCCCUCAACUCAGGUGAUACUUUAGAGAAAAGCGAGCCAUCUCAGCUUACCAACCCACUGCCCACUUCUCUACUUUGACAAAAGAAACCCUAAACCUAGCCCUUCUCCUCUCUUAAACCAAGCUUCUUCAAUGGCGCUCUCUUAUACUCCUACUUCUCUAGGGUUUACUUCCACUCAGAGACUCUGUAAGGAAAGAACUUCCGUUGUGGUACGCUCUGUUUCCAAGGCUGGCCUUGGCUUUGGCUUCCGCUCCGGCUUGGUUCAUCAUAGUUUCAGGAAUAAAACUAUUCUCCCGUUCGCAGCUUCACAUGAGGAAUCGCCUUCAGAUGUUGAAUUGGAGAAGGACAAUAAUGAUCUUAAGGAGGAAGCUGAGGCGCAAGAAGAAGCGUGGAAACAGACCCUAGCUUCCUUCAAAGAACAAGCGAUGAAGGUGCAAGCUGUGUCACAAGAAGCAUAUGAGGUGUAUUCCGAUAAAGCUAUGAUCAUUUUGAAAGAAACUUCUGAGAAAUUAAAAAUUCAAGCGGAUAAGGCAAGAGAAGAUUUGACUAUAAUUGCAAAGGAAAUUAGUGAGGAGAGUAAAGAAUAUUUAAGUACUGCUGCUGAGAACUCACCUGAACCAGUGAAGGAUAUUGUUGAAACAUUUGUUUCCUCUGCAGAUGAAUUGAAUGACUUGUCGAAAGUGCGAGAUUUUUAUGUGGGGAUACCUUAUGGAACCCUUCUUUCUGCUAGUGGUUUUUUGUACUUCAUGCUAAGUGGAAGCACUGCUGCCCUUAGAUUUGGUGUUAUACUUGGAGGUACUAUUUUGGCCUUAAGCGUCUCAAGUUUACGAUCAUGGAAAAGUGGAGAGUCGACUUCACUAGCUUUAAAGGGACAGGCAGCCAUUGCUACCAUCUUAUUUGUCAGAGAAUUUCGCAUGAUGUUGCAGAGACCAUUUAUUUUCAAUUUUGUUACAGCCAUCAUCAGUGGUGGGGUGGCAGUAUUCUAUGCUUAUAGGAUCUUAAAGGAUGGUGAGCAGACAAAGGGUUCAAACUCGGCAGCACAGAAAGAUAGCUAAGCUAAAUCUAGGCAAGAAACACAUGCUAUAAGAGUUGGGGGAGGAAUUCAAGUUCACACCAAAUCUCAAUCUGGUAGAUAAUUGCCCAAUGUAUGUGCUUUGAACCGGCUGAAGACCCAACAACUAGUCCUAAAUUAAUAAAUCUGCUCGUGCAAAUUGGGUGAUCUGCUGGACAAGGAUACAUUUUUCUGUUUGGCCCAAAUUAAUGUGCUAUGUUGCAACUAGAGUGUGUGUGCAUUAUUUCCCCGUACUAAAAAGUAGUGAGUUAAGAUGUUGCAGGCAAGAACUGAGCAGGGUAUACAAUCCCUUGAACAUCAUAAGAUGACUAUUGGGUUGGUUAUUUGAGAACGUUGGCUGAUGUAUUAAGGCUAUGUAUCUUCUUGCUCAGAUGUAAUGGCAUUUCUGCAUUAGUUAUCA